AUGGGUGAGGAAAGCAAUGGGGCGCAAACGACUGCAGGAAGAGAUGAUGGAAAGGAUCCAGCACGAAUUUCGCCUGUGGAAAGCAUCGAAGUGACCAUCGAAGGCAAGCCCGCUAGGCUAUCCUUCGACGAUGACCUCUUCUGGCUCAAUCGGCAAUCAUCGGCUGAGCCAGCUCGCGCCUACCUCCUCGUCCCCCACCAGCUGGUCCUGCACGCCUCCUUCAUUCCAGAUUCGGACGGCGGGUCGCUUCUAGUGCGCUUGCUUUCCCCACCUCUGACCAGCACCGGCGCCACACCACUGCUGCCCUUCAAGAAGUCAAAGAGCAGGGCGCAGCAGAUCCUCGAGCUUCAGAAGAGCCUCGUUGAAGAAGAAGAAGCUGCUGCACGCGACACCUCAGGAUCAUCGCCGAAUAAGCUUCAAGCCCAACUUGAGGGCCCCUGCACCAAUCUCCGCCUCAUCAAGAUUGAGGCCAGGAUCGAGUCCCCAGCACUUGCCGCUGGUACCAUCAAUGGAGGUGGUGAAGCUGUAGAUCCUUCAUUUGCUUCGCAAUGGGCCGCAAAGUUGAUGCGUCUGGCAUACCCGCACUCGUCACCUCAUCGUAGGCUGAAGGUGCUUGUCAACCCCGUUGGAGGGCCUGGAAAGGCUCUACCCCUCUUUACGAACCGCAUCAGACCAGUUCUCGAAGCCGCAGGGUGCAAGCUCGACGUCACGAUUACCACACACAUCAACCAUGGCCUGGAGUUGGCGAGGGAUCUGGCACUGGAUCAGUACGAUGCGGUGGUAUGCGUUAGCGGUGACGGCAUGCUUCACGAGGUGCUCAACGGUUUCGCCGUUCGGAACGAUGCGCAGACAGCACUGGCAAUGCCGGUCGCUCCCAUUCCGGCCGGCAGUGGAAAUGCAGUCGCUCUGAAUCUGCUCGGCGUCGCUCAGGGCUUCAAUCUCGCUUUGGCCUCGUUGAAUGCCAUCAAAGGCACACCCUUGCCCAUUGACGUCUGCUCCGUGACGCAGCCGGCCAUAGCAAAACCCAAGAGGAGUACCACAGCAGCAUCAAGGUCAAAGAGGAGGAGUAUGAAUGGCGUACCGUCCUCCUCGUCAACAUCUACAACAGCAUCCUCGCCCUCGUCGGCGGUGGCAACACUAGAGCCUGCAGACGCCGACCCUCAGGAGCUGACGACUGCGCCUGCGAAGCCCUACUCCCUCCACUACAGUUUCUUGUCCCAGGCCAUCGGUCUCAUGGCCGAUGUGGACUUGGGCACCGAGGACAUGAGGGCAUUGGGCGACGCCAGGUUCGUCAUUGGCUACAUUGGCGGCGUUCUUGCCAACAAGGUCUGCGAAGUGGACCUUGAUGUCAAGCUGGGCGAGAGGGGGACGAUGAACAAGGCUGAGAUGCGGAAGAAGGUCUUGCAAACGAAUCAGAGGGCGGAUGAUGUCGAUGGAAAGGUCACGGCUCCUGACGUCCCACAGGGUCCAGAUGACGGUGAUCAUGCAUCGCUUCAACAUGGAGCCGUGACUGAUUUGCUUCCAGUCGAGGGAGAGGAACCUCCUGCCUUGGAGAUCAUUGAUCCGUCGUGGCCAUCGCGACAGGCAAAUGAUACAAACCCUUCUGAGAACGCGUCUCAAGCAGCUGGUCCGGGUCCAGGCUGGUACCGCAUCAAGUCGACCAUUUCGGCCCUGUACGCCGGCAAGAUCCCUUACGUCGCUCGCGACCUGCUCCAAUUUCCCUUUGCCUUGCCUGGUGAUGGAUGCAUCGAUAUGGCCCUAAUGCUGCACGGCGGUGGACGCAGCGGAAAGCUCCGCGCCAUCAACGGCGCCGAGCGUGGAGUCGUUGUGUACGAUCGGGCACUCGCAUACUUCAAAGUGGAAGCCUAUCGUGUGACGCCUCACUUCCAGCCGGGAGACAAACGCCUCAAGAAAGGUGGCCUCGUAAGCAUAGAUGGCGAACAUCGACCCUACCUCCCCUUCCAAGUCGAGGUCGCGCCAAAGCUCAAAUUCAAAGUCUUGAGCCUGUACGGCAAGUGGGUCGUGCCCGACGUCGCGCCGCCGGAGGACAAGGAUCCAUAG